UCGAAAAAGGUUACAACGAGGAAAAAUUAUGCCGGAAUGGAUAGUGCACAUCCUCAUAGGGAUAUUGGUUUUGUCUGUCCCAUGCAAAUGCAAACGCCACCCGAUAUGGGCUAUUCGCUGAAAGUUGGAGGAAAGGAAAAACUCCACUGUGGUGCUCCCUGCCAUGCCAUGUUCUUCCCAGAAAAGGAACGUACCGUAUUGAGGUAUUGGGUUGGCUCAUGGGCAGCCGUUUGUGUUGCCAGCUGUUUAUUUACGGUCCUCACCUUCCUCAUAGACUCUUCGCGUUUCCGCUAUCCCGAGCGGGCCAUAGUCUUCUUGGCCGUGUGCUAUUUGGUGGUGGGUUGUGCCUAUGUUGCGGGUCUAGGAGCUGGUGAUUCGGUGGCAUGUCGUGAACCCUUUCCACCACCAGUCAAGUUGGGUCGCUUGCAAAUGAUGUCCACCAUUACACAGGGUCAUCGCCAGUCAACGGCCUGUGCCAUUCUAUUCAUGGCUUUGUAUUUCUGCUGCAUGGCAGCCUUUGCAUGGUGGUCAUGUUUGGCAUUUGCCUGGUUUUUGGCGGCUGGCCUAAAAUGGGGCCAUGAGGCCAUUGAAAAUAAAUCACAUCUCUUUCAUUUGGUCGCCUGGGCGAUACCGGCGCUGCAGACAAUUUCCGUAUUGGCAUUGGCCAAAGUUGAAGGUGACAUCUUAUCCGGCGUGUGUUUCGUUGGUCAAUUGGAUACCCAUUCCUUGGGCGUAUUCCUCAUCCUACCCCUCUGCAUUUAUCUCUCCAUCGGAGCCCUCUUCCUGCUAGCUGGCUUUAUAUCACUCUUCCGCAUUCGUACCGUUAUGAAAACUGAUGGCAAACGGACCGACAAACUGGAACGCCUUAUGAUGCGUAUUGGAUUCUUCUCAGGCCUAUUCAUCCUACCCGCCUUAGGCUACCUCGGUUGUCUCUUCUACGAAUAUUAUUAUUUCGAUGAAUGGAUGGUACAGUGGCAUCGUGAUAUAUGUCGCCCCUUUUCAAUACCUUGCCCCCUACCAAGGCCAGAUGGUUCCGAGUCGAGGCCUAUUUUCCAAAUUUAUAUGGUGAAAUAUUUGUGUUCAAUGUUGGUCGGUGUGACAUCGAGUGUGUGGUUAUAUUCCAGUAAGACAGUGGUAAGUUGGCGUAAUUUUGUCGAGAAGCUGCAGGGGAAGGAGACAAGGACAAGGGGGCAGGCGUAUGUGUAAAAUGGAGGA